UUUUUUGUUUCCUUGAGCCUCCCUCUCUCCCACACACACACACACACACACCCUCCAGUACAUAGACAUCUUUUUGCUGUGCGUUGUAGAUAAAAGGAUACCCCAUCACCACGAUCCAACGAUCCAUUACCCAAGAGCAGUAUAUUAUUAGAUCUUUCUUUGUUGUAUUUUUACAAUUCUACAGCCAUGAUAACGACCACACAUCAUUCUUCAAUGUACAAGAAAGGAAACAGUGUCUCUAAUGUGGCUCAAUCUUCUACCAACAUUGUCGGUGUUCACUACAGAGUAGGAAAGAAACUUGGAGAAGGAAGCUUUGGUGUAUUAUAUGAAGGUCUCAAUUUGCUAAAUAACCAGUCGGUGGCUAUCAAAUUUGAACCGAGAAAGUCAGAUGCACCACAACUAAGAGAUGAAUAUCGCACCUACAAAGUACUUGCUGGUCUACCUGGCAUCCCCAGUGCUUAUUAUUUUGGUCAGGAAGGGCUGCACAACAUUCUCGUGAUCGAUCUACUAGGACCCAGUUUGGAGGAUCUGUUUGAUAUUUGCGGAAGAAAACAUUCGAUAAAAACAGUCGCCAUGCUGGCAAAACAAAUGAUCAAUCGAGUCGAAAGUGUGCACGAGAGAAAUUUGAUUUACAGAGAUAUAAAGCCCGACAACUUUUUGAUUGGCCGUCCAGGUACCAAAUAUGCCAACAUGGUCUUUUUAAUUGAUUAUGGUAUGGCCAAAUUGUACCGAGAUCCGAAAACAAAGCAGCAUAUACCCUACAGAGAGCGUAAAAGUCUCUCGGGCACAGCAAGAUACAUGAGUAUCAAUACCCAUUUAGGAAGAGAACAAUCAAGAAGAGAUGACUUGGAAUCAUUAGGACACGUCUUUAUGUAUUUUCUAAGAGGUUCACUUCCUUGGCAAGGAUUAAAAGCCGCUACCAACAAGCAAAAAUACGAACGCAUUGGUGAAAAGAAGCAAACCACGACUGUCAAAGACUUGUGCGAUGGUUUUCCAGAAGAAUUUGGUAUUUACUUGCAAUACGUACGUAAAUUGGGCUUUGAAGAAACGCCCGAUUACGACUUUUUGAGAGAGCUGUUCAACAAAGUAUUACACCGCAUCGGUGAGACGGAUGAUGGUGUGUAUGAUUGGAUGCUACUCAAUGGACAAAACGGAGGAAAAUUGGAGACUCGCGAAAGUCGACGACAAGCCCGUGAAGAGCAACAAUCCAAAACACGACGAACACAUGUCGUUCCAACCACUUCUGUUCGUCGUCAUGCUUCUCAUCCCAAGCUGUCCUCAACAGCACCCAAUCACGUCCUCACCACCCAUACCCAUACCCCUACGACAACACCUCCCAUGCCUUCUACUUUAGCAGCAGCAGGCAAGAAAUCGACCGGUGCUGUGAAUAUGCAUACCAAAAACCCUAUGAAUACCACUCUUGCUGAUACCACUAAAAAUAAUCACACGCUGUCCAACAAGAAGGCCCAUCUCAACAUGCCUCUUCCCCCCUCUCAUGGGGAGUCGGCUGCUCAUCAGGAUCAGUCGCCAAAGGAACCACCACCACAACGACAACAGCAGCCUCAUGGAUUUUGGCAUACCCUCAUGUCAUUAAUGACGUGUGGUGGUAGUAGUAAUAGUGAUGCUGGCUCACGUUAAACAAGAAAAAAACAAGUCUCAUCCCCUAUUUUUACCACUUUUAUAUUACUAUGACUACUAUUACUACUAUUGCUACUACUAUUACUACUACUCUAGAAUGACUUUGUUAUGAUUUAGAAAAAAAAAU